UUCCAAACAAAUUAGCCUAACAGGGGAUGCGAGCGUUGUGCAAAUCGUUGUGAUGCUAAACUUUAGUUUUGCUGUGUUUUGGAAUGGAUUUAGAAGAAGCGUUUCAAGUUGUAGGGGAAUUCGGCAGGCAUCAGAAACGAAUGAUUUGUGUUCUGACGUUACUACAGAUUUAUAUGGCAUGUCAGUCUAUGCUCAUAGUCUUGGUCGGAGCGGCGCCAGAAUACCACACUGAGGAACACAUCACUCCUGGCGGUUUAGCAGAUUUAGCCAAAACCGUGACAUUCACCGGGGACAUAAGCUCUAUAGUAACCGAGUGGUAUCUUAUAAAGAACCAGGCCUACAAGGUCAGUUUGGCAGGCUCACUGUUCUUUGCGGGAGUGCUUGUCGGAAAUGUUGUUUUUGGUCCUCUCUCAGACAAGAUUGGAAGGAGGCCAGUGUUUCUCACAGCUCUCUUUUUUGAGGUGCUGUUUGGUUAUGUCAGUGCACUAGCUCCCAGUUAUGAGGUGUUUGCAUUGUCUCGGUUGCUGGUGGGUCUGAUGAACGGGGGAAUGGCACUGGUGUGCUUUGUCCUCACUCAGGAAUAUGUUGGCAAGUCUUACUGGGCCAUGACAGGGACUUUGACUAAUAUGACCUUCGCAGUGGGAAUUGCAUUGUUUGCAGUUCUUGGCUACUACAUCCAGAUGUGGCGUAACCUAGCAACCGUGGCUAACUCUUUCGGCUUGUUGCUCUUCCUCUUCUGUGUGAAUCUUCCGGAGUCUCCCCGUUGGCUGUACUCUCAGGGAGAAAUAGAACAGGCAGAAGGGCUUCUGCGGCUUUUUGCUGUGUGGAAUGGAAAGGACAGAGUGUCAGUUAAACUCCGACGCUCACCUGUCAUUAGCAAACCAGAGGGUUCAAGUCCAGGGUUCCUACAACUCAUCAGCCACCCGGUGCUGCGAUGGAGAACCAUGGUCCUGAUGUAUGUCUGGUAUGCAUGCAGUCUGGUUUAUUACGGGUUAACCCUGAACGCCAGUGAUGAGAAAGGCAGUCGUUACCUGAGCAUGGCCAUGUAUGGACUGGUGGAACUGCCAGCUUACCCUCUCUGCAUCUAUUUCUUCAAUAAAUCAUGGGCUGGGAGGCGUAAAUCAUUGGCCACAUUUCUGACCCUGGCUGGCAUCUCCUGUUUGUUCACAACGAUAGUGCCAAGCCGCACAGGGUCUCUGUUCAGUGCCAGCUCUCUGGCUCUGAUGGGAAAGCUGAUGGUCAGUGCAGCCUUCAAUAUCGUGUAUGUGUACACAUCAGAACUGUACCCCACUGUAAUCAGGAAUGCAGGUUUAGGCGUAUGCUCCAUGUCCUGUCGUGUGGGUGGGAUUCUGGCCCCCUUUGUGCCCAGUUUGAAAGCCGUUCAUGUAUCCAUGCCCUUCAUGGUGUUCUGUCUGAUUGGGAUUUCGGCUGGUGUCCUCGGGCUCCUCUUACCCGAGACCCUGAACAGACCUGUCGCCGAAACACUGGAGGAACUCAGUAGCCCUGCCUAUCACCGCAUCAUAGAGCCACAGGUUCCAUUUUUGGAAGAGGAGCGCCUGAAGAGCAAAAGGUGAACAGCGAAGAGAAUCAUGACAAUCCACCUCAGGCCCGUUAAGCCGCAGAAACAUCUUCACUGCAUACACACCACAAAUAUAAACACGAAAAAACCAUAGACCCCUGUUUUCAUUCAGAGAAAGGACCUCACAAUGAUUAAUGUACAUACAAAGUCAGCAGUGACGUCUGUGUCCUGCCGUGUAUGGAGCGUGGCCGGAUUGGGCCGUCACUCAUCAGAGACUCCUCUCAUCUAAAGACAUGAUGUUUCGUGGCAGCAGGCAGUCUAUGGGUGGCCAGAAAUGGAAUGACCGGUUUUAAAGGAAGUUAGGAUGAGCAGCUUGUUACAGGAGUAUUUCACCCUGUUUAUUCCUGAUUUGGUCCUGCUGAGGGACAUCUAGUACGUCGCAGCUGAUCUGGAAGGAUGUGCCAAACUUUGUCAUGAUUGUGAAGUGCCUUUUGUGGACACACAGCACUGCCAUGAUUAAAAGCCGUAUUGGUGUGCUGUCUUAAAGGGGGGGGGGGUUGUUUUGUUUGUUUUGUGUUUGCCUCUUUUUUUAAUCUUAAAAUGCUUCAGAUGGGACCAAAUGAGGAGUACUUUUCUUCUCCAAAAGAGAUUCUUGUACUUUUUACCUUUAGUUGUUUCUAUUUGUUUUGUGUAUAUCAUUGUUGAUCUAAAUGAAAUACAUUUAAGUACUAACUAUUUAAUAGGUGUGUGUUCACACACUCCUUUACAUUUGCCUCAUUUCUUCAGAUGGGACCAAACAAAAUAGAUUCCUUUCAUUUGUUUGCCUAUAAUUGUUUUUGUUUGUUUGUUUUGUUUUGUUUGAUCAUUGUUUCUGCUGGUCAGAUGUUAUGCUGCUUCCCUAUCCCUCAGACUUUAUAAGAUGACCAGACCCAACUGUGAUUUUUUUUCUCUUUUGAGGUUUAUCUUGAGUUCAUGAGAAUGACCGUUUGAACUGUAUCUGUUAAUAUGGUUAGUAACAGAAUGGACGUCAGCCAUAAAACAGAAUUCCUGACGAGACUGCAGGUCAAAUAGAGCCCUCCUAUGAGACUCACUGCAUCUUUCUCAUUCAUCUCUUCUGUUUUUGUUUCAAUUUAAGGGAAGUAAGAAACAUUCCUUGAAUUUCCAAAGGAAAUGUUGAAGGGUCCAGGAUAAGAUUUAGGAUCAGGUUAUAUCUGUUUAAUUUGCAUUAAAUUACUGUAUUUGAAAACUCUGUGUAUUUUUCCACAUGAUGUGUAUUUUUCCUCAAUUUUAGAGGA